CUCUCUCUCUCUCUCUUCAAAACUUCCAAAUCUCUUUCUAAUGGCUCUUCUCUCAUCUCCUCCUCCAUCAUUUGAUGUUGUUGGUGUUUUUCUUCUCUACCUUGUUCUCUUUGGAGCCUGUGUAGCUUCUUCAUCAGCCCUUCCUACGGGCAUUAGCGGGCCCCACAACCAUCAUAUUAACAGAAGAAUACCAACAGUCCUGAAACCCAAUCUCACAUCAUGCAAUUUGUUUUCGGGGAGUUGGGUCCGUGAUGAAUUCUACCCGUUGUAUGAAUCAUCAAGCUGCCCUAUUAUCGAUCGUGAAUUCAACUGCCAGAUGUAUGGACGGCCUGAUUCUGCUUACCAGAGAUAUAGAUGGAAGCCCACGGGCUGUGAUCUUCCCAGGUUUGAUGGGCUGGCGUUUCUAAUGAAAAUGAACGGUAAAAAGAUAAUGUUGGUGGGAGACUCGCUUGGUCUGAAUCAAUGGCAGUCGUUGAUUUGCAUGCUUCAUUCGGCAGUGCCUAAGACACGCACCCAACUUGCCAAAGGGGACCCACUCUCCACAUUCAGGUUCUUGGAUUAUAAUGUAUCCAUUUCGUUCUAUCGGGCUCCAUAUCUCGUCGACAUCGAUACCAAUCAUGGGAAAAGGAUUUUGAAAUUGGACGAUAUUUCGCGGAACGGUCUUGCAUGGAAAGGGGCGGACGUCCUCUCCUUCAAUUCGGGUCAUUGGUGGAGCCACAAUGGCCAACUUCAAGGGUGGGAUUACAUGGAAGGAGGAGGUGCUUAUCAUGAAAACAUGGAUAGACUGGCUGCAUUUGAGCGAGGGAUGAGAACAUGGGCCAAUUGGGUGGCCACUAACGUUGACCCCAUCAAAACAAAGGUCUUCUUCCAAGCCACCUCUCCUACACAUUACAAUCCGAGCGAAUGGAGAUCUCCGGUGUCGAAGAACUGCUACGGUGAGACGGUGCCGGUCAGCGGCCUGCGCUACUAUGGCACGUAUCCUGAUCAAAUGAGGGUCAUACGCAAUGUGAUCAAAGAGAUGAACGGUCCUGCUUUCUUGAUGGAUAUAACCACUCUUUCGGAACUCAGGAAAGACGGUCAUCCGUCCAUCUACAGCGGUGAUCUGAGCCCCCAUCAGAGGUCUAAUCCCGAAAGAUCGGCAGAUUGUAGCCAUUGGUGCCUACCUGGCCUUCCAGACACAUGGAAUGAGCUCUUUUACACCACCCUUUUCUUCUAAGUAUGGUUUUAAGCCUCGGACGAGUCACCGAGUCGACUCGGAGACUCAGCGAGUCAUGACUCAAAGUUGGGCCAAACGAGUCAGGUUUGAGUCUUUAAACCAUGCUUCUAAGUUUCUCUUCUUUUACGUUGGAUGGUUAGUAUUCUUUCUUCAUAUUUAGCUCAUGCAAUGCACCUGUUUGCUAAUUCCACGUGCAUGUCAAUGUGGCACACGUGUGUAAGAUCCCAAGUGUCCAUUUUAUGGCCCCACCAUGUAAUGCCCCGCCAAAUUCCAUUUGGUGGGCAUAGUGUACAAAACCGAAUGGAUGAUUAAGAAGCCAUGUGGAUAAUAUUGUGAUUUGUCAAGGUUAGCAUUGGGGAACGUGAUGUUUAUAGUUUGGUGGGAUUGAACUGUUUGGCUGUGCCAACCUUAAGUUGUAAUUAUAUUUUAUUGUGAA